GAGUAAUCCGUAACUCCCGAAAACACAAAAAAAAACUAAAAUUCGAUGUUUGGAUAACUAUAUUUGACAUUUCAUGAAUUGUAAUCAAUUAUUCGUAAUUGAAAAUUCCAUUUUUCAGAGACAACAGAUCCGAUCGAUUUGACAUUCUGCAUGCAGAUAUGUAAUAAAAUUCCGAGCCAGGUUUAAGAUGUCUAAAAUACUGAUGUGUUCACUGGUUAGAUUUUGUUCAAGAUAAAGAUAAUUCUGGCAGCUCGGCUCGACAUGGGUCCCUAUUCGCUGUUCUUCCUUAAGGUGGCGCUAUAAAAAUAACUGACCAAUCAAUGGCAUCAUUUUAAAAUUUUCAUUUGUUCUGUCAAAAGUUGAUCGACUUUAAUUUAACCUCCAAACGAUAUUGACAGAAUGAUGACGUGAGCACCAUAAGAAACGAUGCCGAAAUCAAGUGAAAAAGAGCCAAUAUAAUUGAAAUCCAAGAAGGCUGGUCCCUUCAAAAGUCACUUUAAGAAAAACUUUUCCAAAUGUGGCUGAAUAAUUAUGAGUGGCACUUGGAUUAUAUCCGCUUAGCUAAAGAUAGUAGCUUUUCAUUUGAAAGAACGAAGUUUCCUUUGGAUAAGAAUAAAAUUUGUUUAUUAGAUGUGGAUAAGGUAAUUGAAGAAAAGGAUGUCGCAAUCAUUGAACAAUUGUUGCCAUCUCUUGUUCAGUAUAAUAUAGACACUAAUGAGCACAUAGGGAUAAUAGACCAGAAUUUCUUAAAAAUGUUUCGAAUGUCACAACUCGCUGUUGAAUAUCUCCUUUUUUGCAAGAAAUAUUUAGAUCACUCUGUCAUUUUGAUAAAAGAAGAAAUUAAAGAUAUAAAAAUGGAAAAUGAAGAAUUGAGGAUUUUCAACAAUGAACUGAAAAAACACACAGACACAUUAUUAGCAAAACUAAAGAAGAGGGAGCUAGCUACAACUUUUAAAUGCAAUAAGUGCUUGAAAGCAUUUUCAACUGAAGAAUAUUUAACUGCACAUAUUGAUCGUCGUCAUACUAAUAAAAAUAAUGAAAGUUUUGAGUUGGGUAUUGAAACCGAGAUAAAGGAAAUAAAAGAAAAAUUGAAUAAUACUGAAAAACUCAUUAAAAACGAGGAAUUGAAUCCGAAAUUAGAAGACACAUUGAAUAAAAAUUACUCUAAAGUAAGUGAAUUACUACUAAAAUUUGAAUCCUUAAGGAGCCAAGUAGAGAACGAUUUUAAAAUGUUGCACAAUCAAAAAGAUUUUGAAGAAAAAUAUCUGAAAGUUUUCCAAAGUGCCCUUGAAAAUGUGAAAACCCAGAUCAAUAACGAAUUGAGUCUUCAAAGCUCUCCUUAUAGAUUUCAUGAUAAGAGAAAUAGUAUAACACAAACAGAUUUAGAUGAAAUAAACACAUCUGAAAAAAUUGUUCAAGCAGAUGAGAUUUCAGAAACAAUGGAAAGAACAGGGAAAACACAGUUAUACGAACAAAAAUUUGAGAAACUUGAAGUUCAAAUGAAAAGUGCCUGUGAGAAUAUUUCUAACACUAUGGGAUCCUCUCUGAAAAAUAUAGAGAUACAAAUGCAAGCAUUGUGGGACAAGUUGCAGGGUUUAGAAUCUAAGAAGUUAACUCAAGAUCUUCCAGAUGUGAAUGAAACAAAGGAUAGUCAAGUUGAAAAGGAAUUGAGAAAACCUACACCUAAAUUGAGAAAAAGACCAAGUAGAAGCAUAUCUAAUAAAUCUUCAGAACAAAUGCUGAUGCCCAAAGAAAUCAAAUCAGAAAGACCUUCUUCCGAUACUAGACAUAAUAUUCUUGACGAUAUCGAAGACAAAGAGAUACCAAUUGAUUUGAAUGAAGUAACUAUGGUUAAAAGUUCAAAAUCACUGUCAAAACCUGAUACAAAGCUUGACGAUUUGGAUAGAAUUGAUGUUUUGGAUGAAAUUGAACCCUCUACAACCAUAACAGUAGUAAAAAGUAUAAAUUCCCUUUAUGAAACGGAAGAUCUAGAAUCAGAGGAAGAGGACCCUGUACGAUCAUCAGAAGUUAAUUCAGAAUCAGAACGUUCUCCAGAUGAAGGCUCUAACAAUGAAUAUCCCUCAAAAGUUACUGUCCUUCAUAAAGAAAAAUCUGGAUCGACUUUGGGAAAAAGAUCUAUCUCAAGUUUGAGACGAGCUUCUUUGAGUUCUGAAGUAAUAGAAAGGCUGAAGAAAGAAAUGAGGAAAGUAUUGAUGGAAAGAUUAAAUAUGUUAGGAGUAUCAAAUGAAUGGAAAGGUAUCCCGGAGCAGACUUACUCAAGAGUUAUGGAUAUUUUAAAUCAUCAAGCAAAAUUGGUAGAAAAGUCAGUCCCUAACUACAAAAAUAUUCGUUCUGAGUUAUUGAUGAAAGCAGAACAGGAAUUUUGCAGUAAAGGAUCAUUGAAGAGUGUCGAAAAUCAAACAAAAAUCAAGAAAACCAAGGUCAAAGGAACUUUCUCUCCCAGAAGUUGGAGCAAUAAAAAUGGUUCUUUUAGAAUAAGGAAACAUCAAUCUGCGCCACAAGUAGAAAUAAGAAACCGAAAAAUGUAUGAAUCUGACAGCAGCAGCGAGGAAGAAAAUAAGAAAAAAAAUCUGAAAAAAACAGCCUCCACGAUAGUUCAAUAUUCUGCAGUGAUUGAGGAAUUGAGACAAACACAAAGAUCGGAAGAGAAUCUCCUUGAUCAUAAGAGCAAAACGAAUAUUUCUUUACCUGAUAAUAAUCUUGAUUUACAAAUGAAAGGAGUUUUGAAAAACUUUCCAACUGCAGGUCCUGUACCGAAAAAAAGGGUGUUAUUUGAUUUGAAAAGCCAGGAUUCGGAAAUUCAAAAACCUAUUACAAGAGAUGUUGGUGGAGGAAGUACCACAAGUGUUGCAAGUUCUGUAUUGGAUUUGUCGGAUGAAAGUUCACCAAUAAUAGAAGAUGAGAAAAAACCUGAAACAGUACUUGAUAUCAAAGAUUUUUCAGAUAGUGAUUUCAGCAUUCUUAAUAGUGGGAAAAUCAUUCAAAAAUGAAAAAAAAAGAAAUAGAUAUAUUUAAAAGAAAACAAUCAAUGAAGAAAAGUUAGUGAUAAUGAAUUGUUAUUGUUGAAUGUUUUGUAUUGAUUACAUUGUUAAAAUUCUAUAAAUGCAGUUGUGUAAUAUAAAUUUGAUUAGCAGUU